AUGUCACCUCGCAAGGUUGCCCUCGUCACCGCCGGCAGUGCUGGGCUAGGCGCCGCCAUUUCUCGCAUGCUGGCCCUCGAUCUGGGCAUGAGCGUCAUAAUAAACUACUCCAACAACGCAGAACGGGCAGAAGCCCUUGUCCAAGACCUCCGCAAUUCCUACUCCUCCGUCUCUCCCUCCCCCCUCCCCGCGCCCUCCUUCCACGCAAUCCGCGCCGACCUCUCAGGCCCCAAAUCCGAAGCCAUCCGGCUCGUGGCCGAGGCCGCUGCCGCCGCGGGGGGCCGGCUGGACGUGGUCAUCUCCAACGCCGGGUGGACGCGGGUGCGCGACUUCAGCGACCUCGACGACGGCGUCGACGAGGACGACUGGGACCGCUGUUUCGGCGCCAACGUCAAGGCGCACCUGUGGCUGUUCCAUGCCGCGAGGCCGUGGCUGGAGGAGGCCAACGCGCGCGAGGAGGGUGCCGCCGUGUUUGUGAGCACGGCGAGCGUUGCGGGGUGCAAGCCGAGCGGGAGUAGCCUGCCGUAUGCUGUAACGAAGGCGGCCCAAAUUCACCUCAUCAAGUCCCUGGCUGUCAUCGCGGCUCCCACAAUCAGGGUGAACAGUGUUUCGCCGGGCUUGUUGUUGACUGACUGGGGCCUCUCAUUUCCCCCAGAGAGACUCGAGGCUAUCAAGACGCAGCAGAAGCUUCAACGGUUUGCCACUGUCGAGGACGUGGCGGAACAGGUGAAGUCAUUUGUGAGGUCAAAGUCAGUCACCGGUCAGAACGCUGUUGUCGAUGCGGGAUUCAGUCUUUAG